AUGGGGCAUCGAACAACUUGGAAGAACAGAGGAACAGUGGCGUGGGUAGAUUUGAAUUUGCCUCUUACAGUCGAUCCUCAAAGUUGGUUGGCAGCCGGUGCUGUAAAAAAAUUGCUUAAGUCAGGUCCACGGAAUCGAGGAGAUGCGGCCGUUUUUCCUUUCCCUGAAGUUGUUGUUCACUUAACAGAUCAUCUACUUUGUAGUUGUAUCUUCAGGUAUUGCUACGUUUUAUAUCGAAGAUCAACAAACGUUAAACUCAAAUCGAAUACUCAUAACAAAAUAGCUGAGGAAUACUACGUAGCAACGAUACCAUUAUAUCAAAUUGUAUGA